AUGAACUGGACAACAGGAGUUAGAGAGCAGCAGCUUCUCAAGAGAUCUGAAUCCUGUUAUAAUAACGCCGUGUCGUGGAGAUCCAUGGGACCAUCUGAAGUAAUAAACAGUAAUUUGAAGGGCAGUACUAUGAAUUCUGCUAUUUACUCAUCCAAACAAGACCGGUCGGUAUCUGAAAGUAUAAUUCAUUCGAUUACAAAAUCACUACACAUCAAGCGAUCUCCAGCCAGUAUGAUCAUUGGCAGUUCUGUUCAAAAGUCUAUAGGAGAAUCACGGGACAUUAUUUCCCUCUCGGCAGCAUCUUUCCAUCAGCCUAAACCAAGAUCCAGAAAAUCAUCCUGUAAAUCUCGCAAACGGAAUAAAAGGAUUCAAGGCCAUAUUACUCAGCAAUGUGAAAAUACACUAGCAUUGAAUCAGCCGAUACUGGAUUCAUCUAAUGAUACUCAGGAUACUCAUACAGAUGUAUCCUCCACUGAUAUUCUCGAUGAUGCCACUAAUGAUCAAAUUAACGAGGCAGCCAAAAAAUUCAUGGCACAGAUUCAAGUGUCCGAACAUGGCGAAAUAAAAAGCACAGGCUCAACCUGCAAUGCAUCCAUUUCCAGCAAUUCAUCUGUAAGAUCAAUCCAAGACUCAUCCAUUAAUGAACAUGCCAGCCAUCAAAGCAGAUACAACUGUUCUGGUUCUGGAGAUACAAAUCAAGUCACAUCCAUGGCACCAUUGUCAACGUAUGCCAAAAGAUUCACCUCGACUAUGUCUGUAAAUUGGGACAGACUCAUGAAUCAGGCGGACGCUUCAGUCUUGGAUGAUCAAGACACAACCAUGGCCAUCCCACCUGCUGAUGUACCGCUGGUUGAAAAUAAUGGCGGGGAAGAUGUUCAUGCAUGUCGCUCAGCAACAAUAGACGAUUGUGUAUAUGGGAAGCAAUAUAUGGUGUGUCCUGAUUCCGAGUGCAGUGAAUCUGGCGACUGGAAAAGGCCUUUAUCGCCUACUCAAGAGCAUCGAUACGUUGCAGAUUGUCCAGUGGAAACUAUCAAGCAAACCAUAGCAGAUGGUAACGAGUUCAAGCAAAGAAUCAUGGAUGCUAUUGAACACUCCUUUCGGUUGCUUAAAGGAGAGAUUGAUUCGAUGCUCGAUCAUCACUCGUUGAAUAUACCAGAAAAGAAAUGA